AUGGAAAGCCAGACGCCCGUGAUGGACAACGAUGGACUCGAAGACGAAUUGCUUCAGGUAGGGUGGCUCAACGUUCGAUAUCCGGACAAUCGUUGUCUGAUAUCCCUCAUAGGAAACAUUGGUCUCAAACCACUCACACAACAUGCACUAUCGAAGACGCUUUCCCAGGUCGAACAGGCUGCCACCGACGAUAGGUCCGGCAAUUUUGGUCCAUUCUCUGUGAUUAGACUCGCAGACAUAACGACUCCUUUCCAUGAAGAGCCGGAGCCAAUGAUCUGUGCUGAACAUGUCGAAUUCUCGCCCGACAAUGUGGUUGAUUACGUGAGCCUUGAGUUACCGAUAAAGAGUCUUGAAGAAACAGAGAAUGAAGCAACAACUUUCGAACCAAAAUCAUCUGAUUCGCCGAAAGCCCAUCACACUGCUUCACUGGCCAAUAACUCGGACGAUGACUCAGUCCAGUCUAUCUCUGGCGACAUUGUUCUAGAUGAGGAGCUACUCACAGAACUACAAAUUGAACAACUUCCUAUUUUUAAUUAUUUAGGGUCGAAAUGGGAAGCAACGCGGGUUAUAGGAGAAAACGAGCUCGAACAUGACGGAGACCACUCUCAUACGACAUCGACUGAUCUUACGGCAUUUGAUGAUCACUCCUUGGUCGACUUGUCUAUCGACACAUAUCACGCAGAAAGCAACCUUGCCACCCCGAUGAGCCUGAGUCUGAACCAUGAACGUCCACUGUCGCUAUUCUCCAAUUCAACUACCGCCAUGCUCGUUCAUCACUACGAACAAUAUUCGAUAUGCCUGAUGCAACCAGUGUAUCAUGUGCAAAGUCCAUUCAAAACGAUCUACUUCACAACAGCGCUACAAGGCUGCCCUGACCUCAACAUGGCGACCAACGGCGGUGAAGUCUCAAUAGCAAGCACUGCUGUCUUCCACAGCAUACUGACCAGUUCCGCCAUCAACCUCCAGGGCCUAAAACCCGAUGCAGGCCACCUAUAUCAGCUGGCAUACUACCAUAGGCAGAUUGCUCUAUCAGCCGCACGCAAGGCUCUCGCCAACAAGACGAGUACCUACAAGGAACUCAUGACUGCGAUAUUGUCACUCGUCUCUGUCGAUGUCGCCGACGGUGGAACUCACGAUCAUUGGAUCCAUCUCGAAGCUGCGAGGAGAUUGCAAGAGUCCCGUCACGACUCUCGCCUGGUCACUCACGAGACAAGACAGCUGAACAGUAUAUGUACGAUGCUGAAUCUCUUUGCUCGCACAGCACUGUACAAUGACGAUCCCCAACCCUGGGCCCAAAUUCCAGACUCUGACGACGAACCCAAAUUCGCCGACCUCGAUCCAAGCAUUGAAUUUCUCUACGGCAUCACACCUUCCAUCGCCAGAGCGAUAUUCAAAAUCAACCAACUUUCCAAAUCCCUCGCAUACUACAGACAUGCCAGUGAGGAUAUCCCGGAGUCGCUCCUCGCCGAGUGUGAGAGCCUAGGUGACAACCUUGCCCUUUGGACCACGGAGUCCGAACCGCUUUCGUCCAUCAGAGACCAAAGCACUUUGGCGCCGGUUAUGCACGCCAUCGCCCAAGCGCAGGUGUCGGCGUUCUACAACGCGGCACUCAUCUACUAUUUCCGCGCCAUCCAGGACUGCGAUCGACGGAGUCUGCGUGAGGAACAGACUGCGUGUCUCGACGCCUUGAACCGAUCCGAGGAUCUGAAGCGAGGGCAUGGCUGUACGCGGACCACCACGACCGGAUUCGCCGCGCCUAUCAGUUGGCCCGCGUUUGUGGCCAGCUGUGAAGCGGUAGGAGACCAGAGAAGGAGAUGGAAGAAGUGGUGGGCACGUGUGCAGAGUUAUCGGGUUGGGAAUUACGCGACGCAGCGGGACGUGGUGUAUAAGAUUUGGGAUGCUCUUGAUGCGAAGGCAAACGAGGGCCCAAACGAACAUGAUGAUGGCUCAACACAACCAAAAACGAUGGAUUGGAGACGAGCAUUGUACGAGAUGGGCGUUAGGAUCAUUCCAGUGUAG